AUGAAUCCAACUCAGAACCAGCUUUCUAAACUUGUGUAUAAUUCGUCUGUGAUAGAUCUGACAACCCAAAACCCCCAAUACACUUUUGUAUCUUACCAAACUCCUUCACCUCUUCCAAAUAACCACCCUCAAAUGACACCCCAUCCUCAGAAUACUCAAACUGCCUUCAAUCCCCAAACAACUCAUCCCUAUUUAAGUCAGAACACCAAUCCUCAGGCCUACCCACAAAACUACCAGACCGCCCAAAACGCUCUAAGUCCCUCUAUAGCUCCACCCCUCCCAAAAAGAGCCACCUUCCAAGUUCCCGUUCCUACCGAGCAUGAGGUGCACGGUUCUGAGUUGGAUCACUAUGAAGAACAUGAAAGAGAAUGGAAGGCAAAGGAGGAAGCAAAGAUCGAUAUAAAGGAGGAAAUCAAAAGGGCUAUGAAAGAUCUACAGUGCAUCCCAGACAUCGUUGGACUCAGUUACGAUGAUUUGUGCAUCCACCCAGAUUUGAACCUUCCCGAAGGAUUCAAAAUCCCAAAGUUUGACACCUUCGGAGAUGUAGGCAAUCCCAUGGCUCAUCUGAGAGCGUAUUGUGACCAGCUCGUGGGAGUUGGCAGGGAUGAGGCCUUGUUGAUGCGGCUUUUCAGCCAAAGUCUAUGUGGGGAGGCCCUCGAGUGGUUUACUUCACACGAAACCAGGCAGUGGCCGAGUUGGAAUGCGUUAACUAAAGACUUCAUUGACCGAUUCGCCUAUAAUGUCGAAAUAGUUUCNUCGAUAUUCNCUCUAGAGAAGAUGAAGCAGAAACCAACUGAAAGCUAUAGGGAAUUUGCCUAUAGAUGGAGGAAAGAAGCAGCUAGGGUAAGGCCGUCCAUGACCGAGAAAGAGAUUGUGGAAGUGUUUGUGCGGGUGCAGGAGCCUAAGUACUAUGAUAGAAUCAUGUUGCUAGUCGGAGCUAAAUUCGUCAUGAUAGUCAAAGUUGGUGAGACUAUCGAAGAUGGUUUGAAAUCGGGGAAGAUAGCCCGUGUAUCCGCGUUACCUCGGUCUUCAGGAUUGAUAAGGAAGAGAAGAGAGGAAGUUGCCGCUGUCUCGUAUGGGAAAAGAAAAAAUCUCAGAAACACGUCGCGUUCCCAAGAUUGCUCCAGGCCUUUACCAAAGUCUCACCAAGCCUACUACCCGCAAUCCAAUUAUCCCAACAACCACAAUACUGCCCUCACCUAUCCAAAUGCUCAAAUUUUGUCAUACAAAAGUCCACCCCCAAAUCUCCAAAAAAUUUCCCCCAUGUACCCAAAUUACCCUCAACCUUACCAAAUUCCAACUCCCUAUCAGAAUAUUGCUCCCAACUGUGCCAAUGCACAGUCGAUCUACCGAGCGCCCUCGCCCAUUUAUCAAGUCCAAGCUCCAAUUUAUCAAAACCCUCUCCCGAAUUACCAGGCUCCAGUGCCAAAUUAUCAAACAAACCCUUAUCCUAGAAGCCAAGUUCCUCGUCUGAAUACCCGAAAUUAUCAACAGGUGCCUCCCCCUCAGCAAAGCGGUUAUGAUCCUUCCCGUCCGAGAUUUGAAAAAAGGCCUUCAAGGAACUUUACCGCACUUGCUGAAAUCCGGACCAAACUAUUUGAGAGACUAGCCGUAGCUGGAUACAUCCACCCUGUGGGGCCCAAGCCCGUGGAUGUCAACUCAAAGUUCUACAAGCCAUAUCAAAGAUGUGCUUAUCACUCCAAUAGUGUUGGACAUGACACGGAAGAUUGCAUCAACCUUAAGCACAAAAUCCAAGACCUGAUCGAUGAGGAGGUAGUUUCUCUUCAACCGGCGGCGCGAAACGUCAAUACGAAUCCGUUUCCAAAUCAUGGAGGUGGCAAUGUUAAUAUGAUUGAAACGGGUGAAGAUGGGUGUGGAACAAAGAUGAUUACUCCUAUUGUGCAUGAGGACUUGGAAAGUGAUGUCGCUUCUUUAAGCGUCAGGGAAAGGAGAGAGUUUGUUAUACUGACACCUGCAAAGGUUGUUGCCUUGGUGCCUUCGGAAACUCUCGUCAAGCCCAAAUUUGUCAUUGAAAAUGCUGUAGCCCAAGGCAUGACCAGGUCCGGAAGGUGCUACACUCCUGAUGAGCUUUUAUCUCGGAGGACAGAAGAAGGACUAUGCUAA